AUGUCGAAAUUUUCUUCGAAACAAGAAUUCGACAUGAUGGUUUCAGCUCUAAAGCAUGUAAUCGCCGGAGGAGGAGCAGAUGCCGGCGCCGGAGAAAUAAAUGGUGCCACGUCUUCACAUUCCGAACCACCAGCUGCAGAGAAUGUGGUGUUCUACCUCCCUGAUGCACCCACGUGUACUGCAUGCAAAAUUGUUGACUGUUUAGGCUGUGAAAAUUUCGAACCAGCCGAGAAAUAUAGAGGAGUGAGGCAAAGGCCUUGGGGGAAGUGGGCGGCGGAAAUUCGGAACCCGCACAAUGCAAAACGGGUUUGGCUGGGGACUUUUAACAAUGCGGAGGCGGCGGCUAAAGCUUAUGACAGGAAGGCGAUUGAGUUCAGAGGUGAAAAGGCCAAAACCAACUUCCCAUUAUCUCAUUACAAUGUUGAGGCUCAAAGUUAUGAGAAUAAUCAAGGCAUUGAUGGAUUAAUGGAGAAUAGAAGCACAGCUUCCGCCCAAACGAGGUAUAUUCAUCCUAAAGAUGAUGGUUCUAAUCGUCUUCCAUAUCUAUUUUCCUCUUAG